AUGAGUGAGGAUGAUUAACAUUUUCUAGAGGAUGAUAAUAGUGAAGAUGAUAAAUUCGAGGAAAAUCUUGAAAAACAAUAUGCUUUAUAUCCUAAAGUGAGUAACAAGAGACCUGAAUCUAAGCAUGGCAGGCCGGAAAGUUCCAAAUUUUCGUAUAAAAAAUAAGAAUAGCAUACAGUAGAAUAAUAACCCAAACCUUUGGAAGCCAUACCCACUUCUCCUGCUCUCAAGAAGUUUAACUAAUUAGUAUCGUUUCACAAAAUACUAAUUGAAUAAUUCUGGAAGAAUCAUACAAUCAUGGCUUCUCAAACUGAAUUCAUAGGUUUUCUGUUAGAAUCAGGAUUUCAAUUUGAGCAACAUGAAAUCAAUCAAAUUCUUAGUGAUCUAUCUAAUGAUCGUGGAGUAAUCACUAUUGAAAGUCUAUGUAAGAAAGUACCUGCAUGGCAUUAAAACGAGAAUGCAAUGUUAGAAUUUAUAAGGGAAAAAGCACUCAAAUUGGCAUAGGAAUCUAAGAGAAAGUUUUCAGCCCAAAAGAAACCAAAACCAUAGUCAGCCAGCACUAAGCGCAGUGGUUUCAAUAAGGGAGAUUCCAGACCUGUCAGUGGCAUCUCUAAAAAGUAUCAAUCAGGUUUCAGUGAUCUGAAAAUAUCUAACAUUAAUGAUAAACCCUUAUAAAAUAGAUCCAAGCAUUAUUUACAAUUGGCUAAGCAAAAAUAAUAAGAAGAAGAUCGACUACUCUAAUUAACAAUUAACUAAGGCAAGAAUGAAUACGAAUAUGAAAUGCUCAUUAAAAUGGGAGAAGCAAAUGAAUUAUCAUAAGAAUUAGAAAGCAAGAUUACUUAUAGAGCCUAUAAGACUGCAUAAGGACACUUGAAGGUUCAUGUUUAUGAAUUGGAACACUUUUAAAGAGAUCUAACCUUGGAGGAGUUUUAAAGAGAGUACAACAUACUAAGGAGCAAAUACAAUGAGAAAAAAAAAUUGAAGAUUUGGGAAGUACUAAAUGAGAAGAAAAAGAAUUAAAAAAGUCUAUAACACUUUGGAUCUUCUCAAAAAGAGGAUGUCAAAUAAAAUGAAGUUGAUGCCAAAGCUGUAAAUAAAAAAGAAAGAUAACAAGAAUUAAAGAAGGUGCUUUUGGAAACUAUGAUGCUUUCAAAUGUAUUGAAGGAACAAUUAGUGGUCUUGAAUAGGAAGGGUAUCAAUGCAAUUCAUAACCAAAGUGUAAAAUUAUGA